AAUGGAUUAAUAAGAAUAAUCAUUAGGAUUACUUGGUGAACUUGAUUAUAGGUUGAUAUAAUAGAUAUCUAAAUACUUAUUGGCAAAGGAAGUAUUAAAUCUAAGUUUGACAAAUUCAUUUUUUAGAGACACUUUAAUGAAAUUCAAAAGAAUAGAAGUUUCUUCAGAAAAUAAAGUAGUUGUAAAGGAUGACAAUAUUUCGUUAUAUUUAGAAAUGGAUAUUUCUGAAAUAUAUGAUAAAAUUGAAGUUAUUAUGGCCAUUGUAGAGACUAAAGAUUAAGGCUGGGCUAGUGUAUAUAUAUGAUAUUCUAUAUAAUAUAAAUAGGCAUCAUAUUCUACAUCUUGGGUAACUUUGACUUUGUUUAAUAAUCCAGUAGAAUACCAAACACAUGGAGUAAUGCCAUAUGAAAAAAUAAUUUAUGAAAAUUUUAGAGAAAAAAAUUAUGCAGAAAGAAAAUUAACAAUUACAGAAACUAUAGCCAUGGAUAAUACUAAAAAAUAGUAAUAUGAGACACUUCUUGGACUUUGUAGGAAGGGGGAAUACAAAAAGUUAGGUAUAGUAUAAAAGUGUCAAUAUCCUGGGUGGGAAUGUUAUUUGAAAAGUGGGAAAAUCAUUGUAUGGUAUAGAGAGUGAU